AUGUCUCAACUCGCAGGCGACACUCCACGUCGAACCGUCCCCCUUCUCCCACCGGAGCUCACCCUUCGCAUUAUCGAAGAGUCUGAAGAGGCCCCGGAACAUACCACGGUCAUCUACACCCGUGGUGAUAGGAAGGAAGACGGCACAUUCACCCGUGGAAAGCUAGAGGUUCUUCCGAUGCAGCAUCGCUGCGUCGCGGGAGUGAUCCAAGCAUCAGACACACCCGCUCUCCCAUUUGACCCUCUGGACGAUUAUUCAGUUGAGCUCCAGAAUAGUCAUUUCACCAAGCGUACGGUAGUAGCUGACCUUGGUCUGGAUGAAAACAUCGUCGAGUACCUUCUAAACUUGGAUAAAAAUGCACUUCCACCUUACUAUCACCCCUACAAGCUUCUCAACUUCCGCUAUGCUGGAUAUGCCUUUCUGGACAGGCGUUUCAUCGAGACAAUCCCAAUUGUGAUUGAUGGUGAGCAAGUUCGAGAUCUCGCCGGCAUAACUAUGAACCAAACCGCGCUGACUCACCGCCUGCGCCCUGACGAUGAAAAGCUGGCAUGCGAGAAGAUCAAACAUCUUAUGAUACGAUGCAAAAGCUUCACUCCGAGCGAUCUAUCGGAAAUCCUUAAAGAGCUCAAAAGUGGUCUAGUAACCGCAACAGACGAAAACAAAUGGAGCAAAUGGCUGAGAGGCUAUCGACUUAAUAUCAUGGGCGCUGCGUUGUGCCCUAAGUGGGAACUACUCACGAAUCUCGAAACACUUUGUCUUGAUAUGACUGGGACCGUGGAUAAGGGCAAUUCAGUCCAACUGGGGCUUCAGACCAAGAAGAUGGCGCGUCACCUGAAUCUGAAGACACUGAUACUCCUAGGUGUCCCAUGCCUGGCAAGAUAUGAUUUCCAGAAUCCAAAUGGAAAAGAAGGGGAGGAAUCUUGGAUUUCCUAUCUCGAGGAUAAGUCUACAUUCAUAUCUGACGUAGGUGUCCAAACGCUCAACUAUCUUUACCUCUUCAAGGACGUUAUGCGACCUGGUGGUCAGAUCCAUUUCAUUGCGAAGAUGUCACCAGGGACCGCGUAUUGGCCUGGCCCAUACUGGUAUUUUGUUGUGCCACUCACCGAAGGCUUACAGUGA